GCAGAAGCAUGCGUUUGUGCUACGGUUUUUGUUUGGUGAUCGGAGCGUUGCUGCUAAUUAAUGUCGCCUGGGGACUGAACGCGAAUUGUUUCGCGUCAGGCAGCAGUGAAGGGACCUGCGUUCCAGCGGAACAAUGUUCAACUUUUAAGGAACUAUUGGAGGAACACGGUUCAAUGUCACAAGCUUUGCAUGGUUUACGAGCUGCGCAAAGUGGCUGCCGACAUGAAAAUAGUAGGCACGUUUGCUGUGCAAACAAGGACAUCAUAGAUGGAAGAACCAGUAAGAGAGAAGUUAGAGCUGUGAAGGGGAUUUCUCCAGAAUGUCUUCAAGAUAGACUUGGCGAUGGCCACCGGCAUAAUGGAACGUUUCCCUCUGAAUCAUCGUUCAUUGUGUACGUACGCCAUGUGGUUCUUCUCAAUAACUCAUCAGUGUAUGGCAUAUGUGGCGGAAGCUUGAUAACUUCGGAGUAUGUGCUCACAGCAGCACAUUGCGCAAAGGAUAAGGAAUUUUUUGAUAUUUACAUCGGUUCAACUAACCUGAACUAUACUCACGAGGAUGGCAACUAUCCUGACGGUUUGUAUCAGGAAUUGGAAAAGGAUGAUGCAAUCAUCCACGAAGAGUAUAAUGAGACAACGCACGUACGCGAUAUUGCAUUGCUAAGACUGAGACAACCAAUUGACUUCACCUUGCCGAACUCUCCAAAGCCUGUCUGCAUCCCGUCUGUAAGAUACUACGAAGCAUAUCUAUCGGAAUAUCCAAUCCUGAUCACCUACGGUUGGGGAGAGAAUAUCGAAGGGGUCUCAACUGAAAUUAAGCAGACUACAUACCUACAGUACCUUCCAUUGAAUUACUGUAAGGGUAUGAUGAAGGAACUGAUAUUGCAGCAUCGUUUUGUUCUCGACGAAGGCAAUAUCUGUACACGUACCAUUUCGGGUCACAACGCCUUCCGAGGAUACUCUGGUUCACCUCUAAUGUUUCGCCAAACGAAAGUUUGGUUCAUGCUGGGAUUGAUUAGUUUCGGAAUCCGCGAGAAAGGUCUAUCAUCUAAUAAGCACCCUUUAGCUUCCACAUCUAUCGCCUAUAAUGGAGAUUGGAUUAUAGAAAAAAUUAAACAGUCCCAGCGCUGAUUGUAACAAUCAAUAAACGUAGGUCUACCUUUGUAGAGGA